GGGAGAGCAGGGAGAGAGGAGAGAGAGGGAGUCGCCAUUGCUGCCUGGCGGUGGUGAGAGGGGAGGGAGCAGGUUUCGGUUUACAGCACAUUCCUCACCCAACAACACCGACGUACACCCGAACGCAGGCUGGGACCGCUCGGGACCUCGGCCCCCUCUUCGCCCGGCUGUGGACGGUGUCGCAGGGCCCCCACCCCCCCCCCACCUCGCCGCACACUCAGGACGGCGGACGGGACUUUAAAUGCGGGGACGCGUCCUCCUCCUGUCCGUGGUAUGUGGAGCAGGGAGCGACCAUGCUAAUAGGCAGGUGAUAAAAGGAGAAGCCGGCUGCUCUGUCCCAGCUUAAAGAAGAUCCAGGAUAGACACUGAGAGAGACACAGAGUUGGAGAAGAAUUCACAGCUAAUAAGGGAAAAUCGGAAUGACAGUGCGUCUGUGACAGUGACGAGCAGAACUGGAAUGAUCUCUUGACCUUUUUCCUGGAAGUGACCAAGUUAGCGAUGACCGGGGGGAUAUAAUGGCCAAGCACAAGGAUGCGCGCCCCCCGAUAUUCGCCGUCAGUGUGGUUGGCCUCUCGGGGACGGAGAAAGAUAAGGGAAAUUGUGGCGUGGGCAAGUCUUGCCUGUGCAAUCGGUAUGUGCGUCCUGAUGCCGACAACUACUACUCGGAGCACACCUCAGUGCUGAGCACAAUAGACUUUGGUGGACGUGUGGUUAACAAUGACCACUUUCUGUUCUGGGGGGAUGUGUCCCAUCGAGGGGACGACGGGUUGGACUGUAAAAUCCACCUCAUUGAGCAAACAGAGUUCAUUGAUGACCAGACGUUUCUUCCGCAUCGGAGCACAAACCUGCAGCCGUACACCAAACGGGCGGCAGCAACCAAGCUUCAGUCAGCAGAGAAGCUUAUGUACAUCUGCACGGACCAGCUGGGCUUGGAGCAGGACUUUGACCAGAAGCAGAUGCCAGACGGGAAGCUGAACAUCGACGCCUUCAUGCUCUGUAUCGAUGUAAGCAAGGGUUGCAAUAGGAAGUUUGAUGACCAAAUAAAGUUUGUGAACAGUCUCUACUCUCACAUUGUUAAGUCAAAGAAGCCUAUUGUUGUUGCCGCCACAAAAUGUGAUGAGUGCGUGGACCAGCACCUGAGGGACCUGCAGAACUUUGUUGCCAGCAAGAAAAACCUGACGCUAAUUGAGACAUCAGCUCGCUUCAACGUCAACGUGGAACUCUGCUUCAAUACCCUCAUCCAGCAGCUGGAUAAAGCCAGGGGGAAACCAAAAACUGUGCCAUAUCUGGAUGCCUAUAAAGUCCAACGGCAGCUUGUUGCCUCAGGAACAGAUAGAUUUGACAAAUUGAUGGUGCACACGGUGAGAGAUUACCAUACCACGUGGAAAACGGUGAUCAAUAAUAUGAAGGGCCAACCCGACUAUGAUGAUUUCAUCACUUUGGAGGGCUCGAGGAAAGCACGCAACAUAUUCACAAAGCACAUUGCACAACUGAAACAGGAGCACAUUAAGAGAAGGAGGGAAGAGUACCUGACAACACUACCGAAAACCCUUAAUAACCUCCUCCAUAACCUGGAGGAGGUUGAACACCUCACAUGGCCGGAGGCACAGAGUGUGAUCCGGAACCGGCCUGAUUUCCAGUACUGGUUUGUGGUUCUGGAACAUACACCGUGGGAUGAGACGGACCACAUCGACAUCAGUGACCGCAGGAUACCCUUUGACCUCCUCGAUACACCCGAGGGUGAGAGAAUUUACCGAAACCACGUCCAACACCUGCUGUCCGAGAAGAGAAGGGUGGAGAUGAAAGAGAGGUUCAAGAAGACACUCGACAGGGUUCAUUUUAUCAGUCCAGGGCAGUCUUGGGAGGAGGUAAUGUGCUUUGUCAUGGAGGACGAAGCAUACAAGUACAUCACAGAAUCAGAUAGGAGGGAUGUUUACUGUAGACACCAGCAGGAAAUAGUUGAGAGGGCCAAAGAGGAUUUUCAGGAAAUGCUUUUUGAGCAUGCUGAGCUUUUCUAUGACUUGGAUCUGAAUGCCACCCCCAGCUGCGACAAGAUGAGUGAAAUUCACAGUGUCCUGAAUGAGGAGCCCAGAUACAGAGCGCUGCAGAAGCUUGCCCCAGAUAGAGAGUCGCUCCUUCUCAAACACAUUGGGUUUGUUUACCAUCCCACUAAGGAGACGUGCCUGAGCGGGCAGAAUUGUGUUGAUCUGAAAGUAGAGCAGGUUUUGGCAAACAGGCUGGUGCAGCUCGACCAUGGACGCUCUAAUCUCUACUAUAACAGUGCCAACAUCGAUAAGAUCAACCUCUGCCUCCUGGGAAGGGAGGGUCUCUCACAGGAACUGGCCAAUGAGAUCCGAGCUCAGUCCACAGAUGAUGAGUACACACUUGAUGGUAAAAUUUACGAAUUGAAGCUUCUUCCUGUGGAUGUCAACUCCACUCUGCUCUUCAGCCAUACGUGGGUCACCACCUUCAAGCCACAUGGUUGCUUUUGUGUGUUCAACUCCAUAGAGUCUCUCAACUGUAUUGGAGAUUGCAUAGGCAGGAUCAGAGCAGAGAUAGCACAGAGUAGGAGAGAUAGAUUUGCUCAGCCGCUACCGUUCAUUCUCAUCCUGGCAAAUCAGAGGGACAGUGUUUGCAAAAACAUACCAAUCCUGAGGCACCAGGGCCAACAGCUGGCAAACAAGCUGCAGUGCACCUUUGUCGACAUCCCCUCUGUGGCCUUUCCACGCAAAUUCACUGAGUUCCAAGUUAAGCAGGGUCUCCGAGCAGUGCUGGAGGGGCUAAAGCAUAACUUUGAUGUCUUGGCUCCACUGCCCUCCAUCAAAGACAUGUCAGAGACGGACCUUAGGAUAGUGAUGUGCGCUAUGUGCUGGGAUCCUUUCAGCGUUGACCUCAUCCUCUCGCCUUUCCUCGACUCGCAUUGCUGUAGUGCAGGGCAGCCAGGCCAGAGCAACACGCUGAUACUGGACAAGAUCAUCGGUGACAGCAGGAGGAGGAUCCAGGUCACUGUCCUCUCUUAUCACACUGCUAUUGGUGUCCGCAAAGAUGAACUGGUCCACGGCUACAUUUUGGUCUAUUCUGCCAAACGCAAGGCUUCUAUGGCGACCCUGCGGGCGUUCUUGGCUGAAGUCCAGGAUGUGAUCCCCGUCCAGAUGGUGGCGAUCACAGACAGCCAGGCAGACUUCUUUGAGAAUGACGCCAUCAAGGAGUUGAUGACGGAGGGGGAGCACAUUGCCACAGAGAUUGCUGCCAAGUUUACAGCGCUCUACUCGCUGUCACAGUAUCAUCGACAGACAGAGGUUUUCACUCCCUUCUUCAAUGAAGUGCUGGAGAAGAAGCCGGGCAUCGAGAGUUCUUUCCUGUUUGACAGCUCCUCACGUGAGUGCACCACUGGUGCCAGUGAAGAUGUCUUCCCCACCUCGCCACAUAGCCAUUCCCCAGCCUACAACACCUAUUACCCAGAAUCUGAUGAUGAUAACGAAGCCCCCCCACCGUAUAGUCCAAUAGGCGAUGAUGUUCAGCUUCUCCCCACACCCAGUGAGCGGGCCAAGUACCGGAUCGACCUCGAGGGCAACGAGUAUCCAGUCCAUAGCACGCCUGUGGGAGACCAUGACCGCAACCACAAAGUGCCUCCACCUGUCCGGCCCAAACCAGUGCUCCCCAAGCCUAAUGUCAAAAAGCUGGACCCCAACUUGCUUAAAACCAUUGAAGCCGGCAUGCGAAGUAACCGUAGGACGACUCGCGGCCCAAUGACACACUCUGAGGAUGUUGAGACAUCAGACAACUAUGCAGACCCUGUGGACACCUUGUUACGGUCCAGGGGGUUCCACAAUGACGACAUAUAUGCCGUGCCUGAUGACACACACAGCCGCCUGGUCAAAAUAAGAAACUCCUUUGGUGUGGUACAUGGUCUCCAUGGAGGGGGAGAGGAAGAGAAUGGAUUCGACCGGAAAUCUCAGGCCAGACAACGGCCGUUGAAAUACAAACAUCGUUCUAAAAUCCUGUUUAGUAAGACAAAGGCCUACCAAAGACGAUUCCAAUCUGACAGCGAUGGUGAGGAGUCUGGCCCUGCCACGCAGAAAAAGAAAAAGGGAAGAGCCCACCGGGGCAGCGAAGAGGACCCACUGCUCUCACCUGCUGACCCCUGGAAGGGCGGGAUAGACAACCCUGCUAUCACCUCUGACCCCGAGCAGGAGGACAAGAAGAUGAAGAAGAAGAAGCCCAAAACACCAAAGGAACCAAAGAAGCCGAAAUCCUCCAAGCCCCCCAAGCCUCUGUACCCCCCCACCCGCAGAACCUGGGAGAGCAACUACUUUGGCGUUCCGCUGCAGAGCCUGGUGACCCUGGAGCGACCCAUCCCAGUCUUUAUCGAGAAGUGUGUCGACUACAUCGAACGCACAGGUCUGACGUGUGAGGGCCUGUAUCGCGUCAGCGGGAACAAGACGGACCAGGACAACAUCCAGAAACAGUUUGAUCAAGAUCACAGUAUCGACUUUGUGGUGAUGGACGUGGCGGUGAAUGCAGCUGCAGGAGCGCUGAAGGCCUUCUUCGCCGACCUGCCUGACCCGCUGAUCCCCUACAGCCUGCACCCGGAGCUGGUGGAGGCCGCAAAAAUCGUGGAUUACAUGGAGCGACUUCAGGUGUUGAGAGAAAUCGUGAAGAAGUUUCCCUCCGUCAACUACCAGGUCUUCAAGUACAUCAUCACACACCUCAACAGGGUGAGUCAGCACAGCAAGAUGACGCUGAUGACGCCCGACAACCUGUCAAUCUGCUUCUGGCCCACGCUGAUGCGGCCCGACUUUGAGAACAAGGACACGCUGUCCACCACCAAGCUGAACCAGGCCGUCAUCGAGUCCUUCAUCCUGCAGAGCGACUACUUCUUCCAUGGUGGCGAGGUGGCAGAGAGCUCCAGCAGCGAGGGCACGCCGCCGCCGCACUGCCACAACAUGGUGGAGGCCCUGCUGCCGCUGCAGCUGCCCCCGCCCCUGCAGCCACAGCAGAUCCAACACACCCUGCACCCAGACCCGCUGAUAUAAGGAGCAUGCUGGGAAAUCAAGUACGGGGGUAUUUGUCCGCGCUGCCAAUCGCUUUUGGACAUGAACGGCCUGGAGGUCGUCUUCUGCUCUACCGCUCGGCUGUUAACAUCAGAGAAAACAAAAGCCGGUGAUUUUUAGGGAUUCAGCAGCUGCCGUUUGUCAUCGACUUUGAGGUGGAUGAGCUUUGGUGGUUUAGAGACACGUCGAGCGUUUGUCGGAUCAGACCUAAUCUGUGAGAUCGGCUCAUCCGGUGAAGUAAAUCCUGGAUUAGAGAAUUACAAUCGGAUGUCACCUUUUGGAACUCGUAUUGGAUCUGACCGCCUCCUUUUUACGAUACAGGGACUGAAAGUAUUUGAUGAAUGAACUGAUUUGAUUUGGCACAUAGAGACGACACUAAUCGUUCGGCAGGGUUGGACUCAGACUCCGGAUUCUGGGACACAUUUGGGGCAAAUAAAGAUUAGCCUCCUACUUUACCCUGAUGGAAUAGCACACUUGGGUCCUGAGCGACUCCCCCUUAAGCCCCUCCUCCUUCUCCCUGCUCCGACACAAGAGAAAAGGGAAGUUAAAACCUAGAGUCCCCCACGACUGCAACUCGAACCUGGUUCUGACUCGUUUGACUCGCCGGUCACCUGAUUCAUUUGCAGGCUGUUUUGCGGGACUGAGUAUUUCACGGAGUCUUCCUGCAGAUCUUCAGCACAGGAAAACAUUUCUUCUUCUUUUGUCGCCCUUUGACUUCGCUUCACCCGAGACACCGGACGUGAAACGAGCUCACAAACACAAACGGGGCGAGUUCCGUGCAGAGCUGUGAGACAUGGUGGAUUAUUGUUUGAUCCGGGGGGAGGUGGAGAAACUGGUUCUACUAAAAGAUGAACUGACCCACUACGUGAACUUUGACAGCGCAUGCACGAUCUGCGUCAAAGGUCCCACAAGCCAACUUCACCCGUGUUUAUGUUUUUAUCAUUUCGACAGAUUUCUGUUUUUUUUAUAUAUAUUUUUUGUAACGUCUGAUUGUUUGUGUGUAUGAGGACAAUGAUGUGUGUGUGUGUGUUGUGUCUGUGUGAACUGACCUGUGGUCUGUAUUGUAGCCAGUUUGUUCCUUCCAGAGGGAAGGAGGGAUUCAGGAGGGAAAACAGAUUUAAAAAGGACUCGUACAAGAGAACCCGACUUCACAGAUUUGAAUCUUCAGCUAUAACCGCUUUGUCUCUUUUAGAGCCGCUAACUCUCAAUGCAACGACUGAUGACCCCUCCCCUCCCACCCCCCCUCCAUGAUGGCACAUGAGUGAGGAAACCACUAUGUCGCAAUGCAUUCUGGAUCCUUUCCGUGCGUCUUCGUGGACGACGCUUCCCGCUUUUUCAUUUCUGCCAUUUUGUUUUCGUUGGUUUGUUGGAAACGAAACUUGCAUGUGUCUGUUUUUGCCACUUAGUGAAAAAACUAUGAACUUUAUAAAGUUAAAGAAGAAAAAAACCUGAAAUGAAACGAAACACGUUGAAACUCUUUAGGAGUUUUUACAGAUUUGCAUCGUUUUUCUCUGAAUCUUUUUUUUCUUUGGUUUCAUGGGAACAUUUCUACAGAAAAAUCUCCGAGUGGAGUUACACUCUUUAUUUUCAUUUGUUUUCCUCACGCAAGAAAUCAACUCUUAAUAUCAUAUUUUUGGUUAUAUGUCAAAUAGUUUUCCCUAAAUAGAGGAAAGAAUUAUAUAUAAGUAUAUAUAUAUAUAUAUAUAUAUAUAUAUAAAUAAAUAAAAUUUUAUCAACAGCAGAGGCUGCUGAUUUAGUGAAAUACCACCGGGUACUGGACUAUAAUCUGUCAGAAGCUAUAAUCAUAUUUCUUUGUGGUUCUGAUGGUGUAACUGAACCCAUCGUUUUUAUGAUGGUGUGUGUGUGUGGGGGGGGUGGGGGGUGGAUAACAGAUUUGUAGGUUUUAAUUCCUCUUCGGCUCGUCUGAAAGAAACAAAGAAAAAUCCCUCGUCGCUUUCAUCAUCGAUGACAGAACAAAGACGUUUACACACAAAUACAAUUUAAUUUAAACUUCACUAAUAAUAAUAAUCUGUCUUUUUAAAGACUUAAUACAAAAGCUGUUGUCUUCUGUCCCCGUAUCGAGCUGAACCAGAUUGUCCUCGGACUUCAGAGGGAAAACGAUGUGAAAUCAGACGUGAGAUCCGUUUCCCGUGGUUUUCUUGUAUUGAUGA